ACAAGAGUAGUGUAGAAAAAAUUGAAGAAGAUUUAGGGAGAGCAAGAGCAGCUAUAUGGAGAGCUAUUCGUUCAAGAAACUAUACUUCUUAUAAGGAAGAUCAGAAUUUCAUUCCAAGUGGAUCUAUAUACAGAAAUUCAUAUGCCUUUCACCAGAGUUAUAUAGAGAUGAUGAAGAGAUUUAAGGUUUGGACAUACAAGGAAGGGGAUUUGCCUAUGGUACAUAAUGGACCUAUGAAAGAGGUAUAUGCAAUAGAAGGUCACUUUAUUAGUGAAAUGGAGAGUCAUAAUAAAGGGGGAAAAAAACUACCUUUUUUGGCUUGCAAUCCUGACGAAGCUCAUGCAUUUUUUUUACCAAUAAGUGUAGCAUAUAUUGUUCAAUAUCUUUUUAUUCCAGGCACAAAUCAUAUUUUCAGAGCAAAAUUACAAAGGGUUGUUGAGGAUUACAUUCAUAUAAUCUCUAACAAGUAUCCUUAUUGGAAUAGAAGCAAUGGUGCUGAUCAUUUCAUUGUUUCUUGCCAUGACUGGGCACCAGAAAUCUCCAAUGGAAAUCCAAAACUCUUCAAAAACUUCAUCAGAGUGUUAUGCAAUGCCAAUACCUCAGAAGGAUUCGAACCCAAAAGAGACAUUUCAUUGCCUGAGGUCUAUGGAUUAGCCAACACACUUAAUCUUGCACCACCAGACUUAGGAUUACACCCGAAAAAUCGCCCUAUUCUUGCCUUCUUUGCUGGUGGAGCACAUGGAUACAUUAGACAAACUUUACUUCAACAAUGGAAAGGUAAAGAUGACGAUAUUCGAGUACACGAGUACCUCCCAAAGGGUCAAAAUUACACAAAUUUAAUGGGACAGAGCAAGUUCUGUUUAGCUCCUAGUGGAUAUGAAGUUGCAAGUCCAAGAAUUACUGAAGCAAUUUAUGCAGGAUGUGUUCCUGUUAUAAUAUCAGAUAAUUAUUCUUUGCCAUUUAGUGAUGUUUUUGAUUGGAGUCAAUUUUCGUUGAGUGUUCCAGUUAACAAAAUCGAAGAAUUGAAGACAAUCUUACAAGGAGUUUCUCGCGGUAAGUACUUGAAAAUGCAGAAAAGAGUAAGGAGAUUGCAGAGGCAUUUCAAGUUGCAUAGGCCUUCUCAGCCCUUUGAUGUAAUCUACACACUACUUCACUCAGUGUGGUUAAAGAGACUUAAUCUUAGAUUGACUACUAAUUGA